AACUAAAUCAGUAUUAAAAUAAAAUACGUGCUUUCUUAUAUGAAAAUCUAAUUUUCAAAUCGUUUAAUAAAUUUCAAUUAUUUAACGUAAAUUCAAUCAUAUUUGUAAAUAAAAUAUAUAUACAUUCCAUAGUGGGUAAAGUUAUUUCAAAAUGUCGGAGGGUGAACCUAGAAAAUUAAGUGAGUUACGUGUAGUUGAUUUACGUGUUGAGCUAGAAAAACGUGGUUUAGAGAAAUCUGGUGUGAAAGCAGCCUUAAUUGAACGUUUAGGAAAAGCAUUACGUGACGAGGGGAAGGAUCCUGAUACCUACGUAUUUGAAGAACGUGCUAAACGUCUAUCAAUCGAUAAACAGAAAGAAGAGACUGAACCAGAAACUACAACGCCGGUUGAAGAUGCUUCGAAGGAAUCACCGAAAGAUGAAAGUACCAAAGAGGAUUCAAAAGAAAAUGAUGCUGAAAAUCAAGUAAAAUCAACAGAAAUAGAACCUGAAGAAAAAAAGGAAACUGAUGAAAAAACAGUAGAGGCUGAGCAAAAUGGCGGUGAAAAUGAAGAUUCAUUGCACUUAACAAUUGAAGACGAUGAUCAGCUGUUGGAAGAACCCGAAGAAAAACCAGCCGAGGAAGAAGUAAAUAAACCAGAUGAUGAGUCCACAACAGCGAAGAAGACGGAGUCAACAACACCAACUGAAAGUAAACCAGAUGAAGAUGAGGAGGAAUCAAAACCCGUUGAAGAUGAUUCCACAACAAAAUCCCAGGAAACCGGUGAUGAUCAUGUUAAAAAAGAUGCCGACGAAGAAUCAGCUACUACAACCGAUGCACACAAAGCGGAAACCGAUGGCGACACCAGCGAAAAUAAAAAAGAAACUUCACCAGGGCAUCAAGAUGGUGAUGAAUCCGUCGUACGUGAUCAAGAUGGAAAAGGAGAGGAUGAUGAUGGAGUGACUUCAACAAACGCGGCAGAGAAAGAAGAUGAAAAUGACACGAAAAAAGAAAAUUCCGUAGCAAAUGAGGAAAGUGGGCAAACAACUUCUCCGCCAACUGACGCCACCAAGGAGAAUGAUAGCUCAACUCCUGUGGCAGCUUCAGCACCAGCUCCUGCAAAAAAGAAUGAUAAAGAUGCUGGUCGUAGUUUAUGGAUAUCUGGAUUAGCCAGUAAAACACGUGCAACUGACUUAAAACAGUUACUAAGUAAAUAUGGUAAAGUUGUUGGUGCUAAAGUUGUUGCCAAUGCACGUGCUCCAUCCGCUCGCUGUUACGGGUACGUGGUAAUGGCAACCGUUGCCGAUGCGGAUAACUGUAUUAAAUAUUGUCAUCGUACUGAGCUACAUGGGCGUUUUAUAUGUAUCGACAAAGCACGAUCCGAUCGUGCUGAUAGCGAUAAACGUAAAGAUUCACCAAAUAAUCGACGGGCUGCCGAAGAUAAAUUACGCAACAGAGUAGAACGAGGUAAUAAAUCAAGAUCUAAGGAUAAACAGAUUGAGAAAAAAGACGGCGAAAAAGAUGAUAAGUCAGAGAAACGAGAAGGUAACCGUUAUGAUAAGGAUGGGAAAGAGAAAUCUCGUGGCCGUAGUCCGCGUUCAUCAUCCAGGAAAAAAGAUCGGGAUACUAUGGAAAGGAAUCGUUCGCGUUCUAAACGUCGAGAGGGUAGUAAAUCUGUAUCGAAAGAUGAAAAACGUGAUAGUAAAAAAAGAGAUGACGAUACUAAAAGUGAUAAAUCUCGAGAUAGGCGUAGAUCACGUGAUACAAAUUCAAAAUCACAGACACGAGAUCGUCGAUCGGAUCGCGAAUCUCCAGAUCGCCGACGUCGACGUAGUCCAAGUAUAGGCCGUAAUCGUCGUCGCAAAUCGCCGGAUAUACGUAAACGUGACGUCUUAACCGUAAAACAAAUCCGAGAUGAACGUGAGCGUCAACGUAUGCGUGUACGUGAACGGGAAAUCCGAGAAGCAGAGGAACGUCGUCGUCGCGAAGAACAACAACGCGUCCGAGAACUUGAACGACGUAACAAAAAAGAAGCACAACGUAUCGAACGUGAACGUGAGCGUUUACGCAUCGAACGAGAGCGUAUUCAGCGGGAAAAAGCCGACUUUUAUCGCAUGGAACGUAAGCGAAUCGAGCAAGAACGUAUUGAACUACAAAAUAUGAAAUUGGAGGAAUCACGUAGACCAACAAAACGAACUUCAGAUGAUCGUCGAGACUCGUAUCCAGAAGAUCGUAAACGUAUCUUAAUGACUCCUUCGUCGCAUCGUUAUGACACAACCGAUCCCAUGCAUUUCGAAAUAACAUCCCGAUCAGAUUCCUUAGCAAAAAAACACGAUCUAUACAAAGGCGAUGAUUACAAGCGAGAAAUCGAUGGUAAAUCUCGUGGAGUUGAUGGCCGUAGCGCUCGAGAUGACUAUAAACGGAACGACAUACGAAUGCGUGACGAAAUUCGAGACGACAUCCGCAUGCGUGGUGAUAUACGUUCGCGAGAUGAUUACAGCAAACGUGAUCGUCCAGAUUUCGCUCCUCCACCACCAAGAUUAUCAGGGGGUUCAUCGAAUGUUAUUUCAAAAUAUAGUAAUGUAUCGGAUUCACCACCGUAUGGUAAUCAAGGACGUUCUGCCCAUGAUAUGUUACGCCGUGAUGCGAUAUCUUCGUCUGUGAUAGCUGGUGGACGAGUUGGCAGUGGUAUUGGUAAAGAUUUGAGAUAUACAGAUCGUGUUGGACCACCUGGACAAAGUCCAGAACCAUCACAAAAUUCUUAUAGAGGUAUACAUGAUGAUCGACGUGAUCAUAAUGAUCAUAGAAGUGGUCAUGUACAUCGUGGAUAUGACCUUGGUUCAAUCAAAGAUUAUGGGGAUCGAGACCAUGCUGGCGGUUGGCAUGGUGCUGGAAGUAAUCAGUUAAAACCAUUCCCAUCACCCGUGGGUAUGGGAGUCAAUUCAAAUAAUGAUCCAGCACGUGAUGCGAAAAAAUUUGAGCCAUGGAUACAUGGCCCCAAAGGUGAUAAUCAAUCGAUGAUGUGGUCAUCGGCUGGACGUGGCAUGGAUUCAGGACCGACAACAGGUCGAUAUGAUCGUAGUAAUAUGGAAAGACGUUAAUUAUAUUUACUUUUUAAUAAAAUAAUGAAGCUUACCAAUUCUGAAAGUUAUGGACUAAGCAACUGUGAUUCAGGAAUUUAUUCAUUUCAUUAUAAGUACAGUAUGUGCGGAGCAAAAUACCUCAGUUUUAAAAAAAAAUUAACCCGUCCAGAUUUUCGAUAAGAAAAAUAGUAGUUUUUAAGAAAAAAUCGAGUGUAGGCAAUUAUUUAAAAAAAUCAGAAUGAUGCGAAAAAACGAUUUUUUGCAAAAAAUAGAGACGGUAAAAGCAUUUUAAUAAAAAACUAUGAAAACAAACAAUUCACCCAGUUAAUUGUUCAAAUACACUGUAUAGUAAGUAUUAAAUGUUUGCAGUAUAAUUAUGGCGGCCUUUCAUGUGUCAUUUGUUUUGAUUUUUGUAAAUUUUCAAGAGUAUUUUCUAGAAUUUUUCUUCGGUUCAUUUCGAGAAUCCUUCACAAGACUACUAGUUUAAGCUACCUGCAAAUUUUCACUUAUCCUGUAUAGCUUUGUAGAAAAGAAACACAAAAAAUUUGUGCUUAUUUGUCACCUCACGUGAAAACAACAAUGUUAACGAAAAAAUGUUUCUAUAAAAAGUUGUUAAUUUUUUUAUAAGGAAGAAAAUUUCAGCUUGAUAUCUCUUUUCGUUUUUUAGUUAUCGUGUUUACGAACGGAGGAACGGAAAAGUAAUAUAAAGUUUCCGCACAAUUUUCGAAAAUCGGUAAAGAAGCAUCCUACAACUUCCUCAUUUUUCUUAGCAGUAAAAACCCAUUUGUUUGUUUUUUUUAUUAAAAUGAUUUUUCCGUUUCUUGCAACAAAUCGAUUUUCGUACCUUUCUGAUUUUUUUAAAGUAACUUGAAAUCCAGACGGGUCAAUUUUUUAAAAAUAUAAUACUUCUCAGCCUGUUCCAUAUAUUCAUUUAAGUGACAUCUUUUGUCUUUAUUGCCACUUUAAUUUUUUUACUAUUGUCCAAUUUGUUCUAGGGCGUCUUUGUUUUCGCUUUCCUUGUCGUAUUAUAACUAAGUAUACCUUAAAAUGGUCACUGGAUGAUAAUUAUAAAGAAAAAAC